UCUACCCUUCCCACAAAAACGUGUGCUGAACAAUGGCCUUUGGGGCACCCUCCCUCCAUAAUAGCUCUCGGCGCACUUUUCAUGAUCCAUCUACCGAUCUCAAAGCCGAAGUGUUAAUUUGCCCUUAGGUAACGAACCACUGAGGAUUACUGUGCUGUCUUCUUGCGGCGUUGGUCUGGGUUGUAGCGGAGCUGCUGGUGGUAAAUGACCACCCCGCAUUGCUGAUAUACAGAUGGCACACUCAAACCCUGGUGCCCUUUCCAAGGGUUCAAAACCUGAGAUAAUGGGGUCCGAUCUCGAUUAUGGUAGAAGGCUGGUGCCUACAAUCAUUGAUGAGCGGGCUCGUAUGGGAUACGCAAAACCGUAUGCCUCCAUUCCACGAAGCACAGAUGUGAGCUUGGGAUUCCGUGAUGUCAGUUACCGUGAACUGGCCAAUGCCAUCAAUCGCUGUGCAUGGUGGCUAGAGGAAAAGCUUGGGAGGAGUGAUGGUUUUGAGACAUUGGCAUAUAUCGGUCCCACUGAUCUCCGAUAUAUCAUCCUUACUGUAGCUACGAUCAAGACAGGCUACAAGGCCUUCUUUACCUCACCCCGGAAUAGCAUAGAAGGUCACGAAGCUCUUUUUGCAGAGAAUAAUGUCAAGUCUUUCUUAUUUCCGGCCGCCGCACCCCCCGUUGUGAAAAGCAUUCUUGCAAAGAGACCAACCCCGACGCUUGUAGUUCCCGAACUCGAAGAAUGGCUAGAUGGCGAAGAUGUACCAACUUAUCCCUACAACAAAACUUACGAAGAAGCACGAUAUGAGCCCUUUAUUGCUCUGCAUACGUCUGGAUCAACCGGUUUUCCCAAGACAGUCGUCAUGACAAAUGGAACCAUUGCCGUGAUUGACGCUUAUCAGAAAAUUUCUUCUUUAGGGGCGCCACCGACUAUUUUUGACCAGCUCAAGAACACGAAGAUUUUUGUACCGUUUCCUCCAUUUCAUUCGGCUGGAAUAUGCAUGAUACUUCCAAUGACUGUCUACCUUGAAAUGACAAUCGUAAUGGCACCAGCAGCUCCACUCACCGCUGAGGUAGCAGAUGCUGUCCACACCUUCAGUGGCGCAGAAGGAAGCGUUUUGCCUUCAUCUGUACUUGCAGAUCUUGUCAAGGUACCGGAGUUUCUGCAGAAUAUGAAUCGCCUCAAGUAUGUCUCGUUUGGCGGAGGUCCUUUGCCAAAAGAAGUCGGAGAAGCUGUUAGGACGGUGACAAGACCAAUCAACAUGAUCGGCGCAACGGAGACCAGCCCACUAGCUACAGAACUUGUCGAAAAUGAUGAUUGGCAAUAUUUCAGGUUUAGUCCUUACCUUGGCUUCGAGUUCCGACAUUUUGCUGGAGAUUUGUACGAGGCAGUGGUUGUCCAGGAUCAGAAGUUGGACCUCUUCCAAGGAGUAUUCUCUACUUAUCCUCAUCUCAAAGAAUAUCCUAUGAAGGAUCUAUAUUCACGUCACCCAACGGAUCCUCGCCUGUGGCUAUACCGAGGAAGGGCGGACGAUAUCAUUGUUUUUGUCAAUGGCGAAAAACUGAACCCUGUCACCAUGGAAGGUGUCAUCAGCAGUCAUCCCGAGGUCAAGGGCGCCCUUGUAGUCGGCCAAGGACAGUUCCAAUCAGCUUUGCUGAUUGAGCCGAGAGAUGACUUGGAAACAGAGACUCAAAGGAGAGAUUUCGUCGAGCGACUGUGGCCUACAAUCGAGCGAGCCAAUCGUGAAUGCGUUGCUCACGGAAGACUCGCCAAGGAGCUGAUCAUUUUUACGAGCGCUGAAAAGCCCAUGCUGCGAGCCGGCAAAGGGACGAUUCAGCGAAAACUGACCGUUGAUCUUUACAAGCAAGAGUUUGACGAAUUGUAUUCCGCAUUUGAGACUGGCUCUGGAGAAAGGGACCUCGUCUUGGACACCAAUGAUCUUGCCUCUUUGCAAGCUUCCCUGCGCCAACUCAUUACAGAGAUAUCCCGGCUGGAGAUCCCGAGCGAUGACGCCGAAUUCUUUUCCCUUGGCGUCGACUCAUUACAUGUCAUCGCCAUAUCUCGCCAGGUCAAUAACGCUCUAGGAAGACUGGACAAGUCGAAUGCCAUUGCCCCCAAAACAAUAUAUGCAAAUCCCACAAUUAAGAAGCUUGCUUCAGCCUUGUUGUCUUCCGCCAACAAUGUGAACAGAGGGGCAACGACUAAGCCGGAAGACAGAUUAGAGAAGAUGAAGAGCUAUCUGGAGCAGUACGGCACUGAUCUUCCUAUCACAGCACGGCCGUUUGCCCAAAGUCAAUCUUCCGACAAGUUGACCGUCGUACUGACAGGUUCUACCGGGUCUCUGGGUUCAUACUUGCUGGACGGCCUCUUGGCCGAUCCCCAGGUAACGAAGGUGUACUGUCUCAAUCGCAGGGCUGAUGCGGAGGAACGGCAGAAGAAAAUACACAAAGCCCGUGGCCUUUGUGGCUGGUCCGACUCGGAUGUAGAAUUCCUGCAAUGCAACUUUUCAAAGGAAUACUUUGGGCUUUCUCCCAACACAUACCUCGAGCUUCUCCAAGAGGCCACUCAUAUCCUCCACAAUGCCUGGGAAGUCGACUUCAAUCUGGCUAUUGAAUCAUUCGCAGGUGUCCACAUUCGAGGCGUGCGCCAAUUGAUUGACUUCUCCUCUCGUUCAGCCAAACGUGCAUCCAUCUUUUUUGUCUCAUCGAUCGGCACUGCCAUGAACUGGGGCGAUAAGCAUUCUGGUGAAGUGCCAGAAACUAUUCUCGAGGACUGGGACAUGCCUCAGGCAAUGGGCUACGCAGAGUCCAAAUACGUCGCUGAGAGGCUGCUUGAUGAAGCCAGUCGGAUAGCUGACAUUCCCGCCUCCAUAUGCCGAGUUGGCCAAAUCGCCGGUCCUACCACCAAGCAAGGCAUGUGGAAUAAGCAAGAGUGGUUCCCGAGCAUUGUUGCAAGCUCCAAAUAUCUCGGGAAACUUCCAUUGUCGCUUGGAUCUUUGGAUAAGAUUGACUGGAUUCCCGUCGACAUUCUGGCAAAGGUGCUAUUACAAUUGCUCAAAGGUGAUCGGAGCCAUCCCAAUGAAGUGAACGGUCUCAAUGGCACUAAUGGAACAAACGGCGCGAACGGCCAUGGGCACCAUACCGCUCAACACUCAAACGGUGCCCGAGUAUACCACACGGUCAACCCUUCAAAGACUUCUUGGACGUCCCUGCUCCCGUCUGUGCAGAAGCACCUUGGAUCAGCCCUUGACGUCGUCUCCUUGGAGCAAUGGCUUGCUGCCCUACGUGACAGCAGCGGCGGCACUCCAGACAUCAAUGCCAAUCCCGGAGUGAAGCUCAUUGACUUUUACGAAUCUCUAGUUCCUUCUGCUGGCCGGACGGAACCAUCUCUUGCUACAUCCAAAACCACUCUUCACAGUAAUGUCCUUGCCGAUCUAGAGCCAGUCAAUGCCCAAUGGAUGGAGACUUGGAUGCGCCAAUGGAGUUUUUAAACCGCCAGUUCUCUACUGAACAUCGUGAUAUUGCAUUUCGGGGUCAUUCAGCGUUUCCGAACCCUUCUUUCUGGCAUCGUUA